AUGAAGACAAUAAGGCAACGGCUUCCGCUGCAGCGUCUUCAACUUCCACCACAGUUCAUCCAGAAUCAAAUUCCCGCCAUAGAUUCUCCAUUUUAUUCUUCUUCCUCGAUUUCCGAUUCUGAAUCUGCGUCUGUAGCCAGCAAAACAAAUACGACUCUGACCCAAGACGAGCUUACAAAGAUCAACCUUCUCCUUCCUCGUCUCUGUCUCCACAGCCACCACUCUACUGCAAUUACACUUCUCGACGCAGCUCUCCUCACAAAUCCUUCACUUCAAUCUCUUCCCCUUUCAAUUCUUGCCCAUUCCCUUGCUUCCCAGUCCGAUUUUACCCACGCAAUGUCCCUCCUCACCCGCCUCAAGCACCACCGGAAUGCCAAUCUCUAUUCAAGCCCUAUUAUUACCAUGCUCAUUCACUCUUAUUGUAAGCGACGGAAAUUCAGGGAGGCCUUGAAGAUUUUCCACUGGAUGGGAAGACCGGGGUCGCCAUGUAACCCGGACGAGAAGGUUUAUGCAACCCUAAUUGCGGGACUUUGUAGGCACGGUAUGGUUCUCGAUGCUUUGAAGGUCCUCAGGAAUAUGAUUGGUUCGAAUUUGGUUCCUGAUAGCAAUCUGAGGAAUUGGGUUUUUAGGUCUUUGCUAAGAGAAGCGAUGAUUGGCGAAGCGAUGGAGUUCAACGAGAUUUUGGAUCGCGUUGAAGACCAGAAUUUGAGCAAUCAUCUGAGAAAGGGAGAGGAAAGUUCAGACCAGAGCAGUAAUGCUACCUAUAGUCUUCACUCCUCUGUCCUCAGAGCAGUAGAAGGCUUGAACUUCAAGUUCAGACCACAUCCUCUAAACUGGGAGAAACAGUUACUGAAAUUGAGGCCAUAA